AUGGAGGUACCAAAGAGAAGAGUGGUUUUAGCAUUAUAUAAAGAGUUAAUAUACUAUUCAAAGCUUUUACCAAAUAAAACUCAAAGUCAAGAUAAUUUAAAAUUAAUAAAAACAACAUUUAGAAAAAACAAAGACAUACCUGAAAACUCUGAGCAAAUCAAUAAAUUGUUAGAAGAUGGUCAAAAGAAAUUAAGUUUUUUAAAGAUUAUGACACCAAGACAGUAUUCAAAAACUUAUAAUAUUUCAGGAACAUAUAAAUUUGAAGAUGGAAAGUGGAUUGGGGGCAACGAAGAGAAAAAAACAAAGAGAAUAUAUAAAGACCACGGCAUAGAUAUUAUGGAUCUUAGAAGACAUAACCAUCUACUCAGAAGAAUGAAUUUCAUGGAUCGUUAA